CGCGUUGUCCACCGUAUACCAUCGCAACGCCUCCACCACUUUUCUCCUCGCCUCAUCUCCCUCUUCCCCUUCCUAGAUCUAUGAAAGAUGGCAUCUUUUUCGUGGACGGAGGAGGAUGUGCUACGGUGCUGUGGUAGCAAGAGUUUCGCCAAGGAGCUCGCCUCCGCCUCGUUGUUUUCCGACCUCCACCACACAAUCCAGUCCGCCCGUGGGAUUUGGUUCAACAAGGUCGCACCUUUGAACCUCUUCUUCUACCUCUUUCUCUUUUUCAGUGUUUCUUUUUUAUUCUUCCUUCCGACCUCACCACCUUUCUUCUUCCCUAAUUCUAUCUUUAUAUUUGCUUUUGUUUUCUUUAAUCCGAAUCUCUUAUUUCUGCCCCGUUGUUGUUUUGGUGCUCGAUCAUCGCUUUGCACUGUUUGCUUUUGGGACGAUGAUGAGUUCCUCCUCUGGGCCUGGCGUUAGCUGCCUUUACUCCUUCAAGAUACUCCUGAUCGGCGACACUGGCGUCGGCAAGAGCAGCCUCCUCGUCUCCUUCAUCUCUAACAACCUCGUGGCCGACCUCUCUCCCACCAUCGUUGCUUCUUUAGGUGGACAAGAGUGUUUGGUGUACUAGAGUAGUGACUCGAGGCCUAAUAAUGUCUUGGUCAAUCAUAUGGUGUCUUCAGUAUUCACAAUUGGACAAGUUUUUUGUCUCCAUGCUUCCUCAAGCCCCUAAAAUUUUUCUUCAUCUCAUGCUCAAGAAGUACUGUCGACUCUAGAGAGUCAUGGCUUGUACAAAAUUCUUGCUUCUGCUGUUCAUGUGGCUGCUUGAUCAGCAACUUGGCUCCUGUAGCACGGAUCCACAGGAUGAUCUCUUUCUGGUGAUUGGAAAAAUGGACCUUCGAGUUGGAGGCACUCAGAUGAUCCAUGUGGUAAUUGGGAUGGAGUUAAUUGUAGCAACUCAAUAAGGGUCACAAAGCUGAAGCUAUUCAACAUGGGCAUUAAGGGUACACUAAGUAAUGCUACAGGAGAUCUUACUGAAUUGCAGCUCAUAGACUUUUCCAAUAACAAAUAUCUCAACGGCCAACUUCCACCUAGUAUUAGAAAUUUGAAGAAGCUCCAGACUCUAUGCUCUCUGAACUGCUUCUCAGGAUACUGUUGGUUGCAAGUUCAAUGGUAUUAUUCCUAUUGAACUAGGCAAUCUAUCCCAUCUCCAGACCUUAUCAUUAAAUGCAAACCAUUUUACUGGUAGAAUACCUGCAUCCCUGGGUAGGCUCGCCGACCUCGUAUGGCUAGACCUGGCAAACAAUCACUUCAGUUUUCCAUGCAUGAUCAAAUAAAAACUUACGUGGUGAAGAAUUAACAAUGAUGAAAUAUGUUCUUAUCAGACACUUGAACAAGAAUCAUCUCUCAGGUCCAAUUCCACUGAGCCUUUUCAGCUCUAGCAUGAAUGUUAAACAUAUACUGAUUGACAGCAAUAACCUUUCUGGGGUUAUUCCAGAAUCAAUUGGACUUCUUCAGAAACUUGAAGUUUUACGGCUAGACCGCAAUAAUUUGAUUGGACCAGUUCCUCAAAGUAUCAGCAAUCUGACAAGACUCAAAGUGUUUCAACUCUUAAUGGUUCAACAUCUAAUCUUGCGGACUCCUCAGGCCGACCCUAUACCACAUUGUUUUCUGGCCAGUCUGCGGCAGUGCCUGGGUUCCAUCCUUCUGGUGGUCUUCAAGGAUUGCAUAAUAUUCAUGGAAACUUCAACCUGCCAACUGUGCCUGGUUCGCUUGCAUCUAGAGAGGCCGCAAUGGGUGUUGUACCAUCAGGUGGUGUUCAGCAACCAGGAGGAAGCAUUCCUAGUGGACGGUUCUCAUCAAACAAUCUUUUGGUUGCAUUAUCUCAGAUGCCUCAUGGCUCUGGUGUCACAAAUAGAGGGGGUAUUAAUGUUGUUGGAAAUCAUGCUUUUAGUAGUAGUAAUAUUAAUGGAGUCACUGGGUCAAUAACUGGUAUUUCCUCAAGUUCAGCUUCUGGGAAUCGGGAGUUUCUCCAGUAUUGAGUAAUGUAGGGCCAAGACUUACAAGCUCUGUAGGCAACAUUGUUGGCAGUGGUAACAUGGGAAGAAGCAUCAGUUCUGGAGGAUUAUCUGUGCCCGGUUUAGCUUCACGGAUAAACUUAGCUACUAUGCACAGAGCAAGAAGGAUAAUGUUGGCACCAGUAAGAAACAUAUUUGUGUACUAUCUAUUACCUUUUGAUGUUGUAAGAAGAAUAGUUAUGUGUAAUUUGUGGCUACCGACUUGAUGUGCACAAUAU